CCCCGCUACCCACCCCGUGGAGAGCGCGCGGACCGCGGCUUCCUGAGCGCGGGCGCCGCCGCCGUCCAAACUGCGCACUGGGGUCCCCCGGCUCGCCCCGGUCCGGGGCGUCCGAGAGGCCGGGGGAGAGCGCACCAUGAAGUCAGUGCUCUUCAGCCGCUUCUUCAUCCUCCUGCCCUGGAUGCUGAUCGUCAUCAUCAUGCUCGACGUGGACACGCGUAGGCCCGCGCCCCCGCUCACCCCGCGCCCCUACUUCUCGCCCUACGCCGGGGGCCGCGGGGGCGCCCGCCUCCCGCUCCGCCGGGGCGGCCCGGGGCGCGGCCGGGAGCAGCGCAACGAGUCGCGGCCGCCGCCGCCGCUGCCGCCCGAGCCGCCGCUGCCCACCAUCUAUGCCAUCACGCCCACCUACAGCCGCCCGGUGCAGAAGGCCGAGCUGACACGCCUGGCUAACACGUUCCGCCAGGUGGCGCAGCUGCACUGGAUCCUGGUGGAGGACGCGGCUGCGCGCAGCGAGCUGGUGAGCCGCUUCCUGGCGCGCGCUGGGCUGCCCAGCACGCACCUGCACGUGCCCACGCCGCGGCGCUACAAGCGGCCCGGGCUGCCGCGCGCCACCGAGCAGCGCAACGCCGGCUUGGCCUGGUUGCGCCAGAGGCACGGGCACCAGCGCGCGCAGCCCGGCGUGCUCUUCUUCGCCGACGACGACAACACCUACAGUCUCGAGCUCUUCCAGGAGAUGCGGACGACGCGCAAGGUCUCCGUGUGGCCAGUGGGCCUGGUUGGCGGGCGGCGUUAUGAACGUCCGUUGGUGGAAAACGGGAAGGUCGUCGGCUGGUACACCGGCUGGAGAGCAGACAGGCCCUUUGCCAUCGAUAUGGCAGGAUUUGCUGUAAGCCUUCAAGUCAUCUUGUCCAACCCCAAAGCUGUAUUUAAGCGUCGUGGGUCCCAGCCUGGGAUGCAGGAAUCUGACUUUCUAAAGCAGAUCACGACCGUCGAAGAACUGGAACCGAAAGCAAGUAACUGCACCAAGGUCCUCGUGUGGCACACUCGGACAGAGAAGGUGAACCUAGCCAACGAGCCCAAGUACCACCUGGACACGGUGACGAUCGAGGUGUGACAGAGCCGCAGCUGGUGCUCUGGCGGGCGUGCGGGGUAGGGCUGCGGGCACCCGGGGGCCGUUUCCUCUGCUCUCCUCCCGACGGGCACCUGCUUACAAGGUGGCUGUGUCCGGAAGCUGAGCACGGGUAGAGACAGCCGCUCUUGUCUCCGUUUGUUCUGCAUGCUCCCUUACAAGCAACCCGGAGGGUCUCUGUACAGCACAGCUAAUGGCACGCAGGCUAGUACCAUUCCCAGAAUCUUCUUACAUACUUUUUUUUUCCCAUUUGGCCUUAUAAUUAAUUGGUAGAACUGAACAAAACAAACAGAUGACAAGUGUUCUGUCAACAGCACAUUCCCAAUUUGUGACUCUGCAACGUGAAGUAACUUUUGUAAGACUGGCGGCAGUAUACAUCAUAGGAAAUAAAACCCACAAAAAAGGUCUAUGGAUUCAUCUGUUUAAUACAGGGAUAUGACAUCUGUCAGUACUAGGCACCAUAAAAUGUAAACACAAUUACUGUCAUAAACCUGGAUACGCCUUCAAGGGUUGAAGUGGCUUGUUUAGUUACCCUGUUUGCAUCUAGUGCAGCGAAAGGUCUCGUGUUUGUUAGCGCUACGUGUACAUAGGAAGAGAUCCCAAUUACAAGGGAGGCAGGUAAAAUCUGACUUCUUCAAACAUUCGUUAAACAACUAACUUCGUAGUAACAUCCAGGUUUAUCUUCCUUUCUCUAACCACGUUCCCGGUUAAGCACAUCAUAGCAACAGCACAGUGACGUGAAUGAUGACAUAAAAGAAUCUGGAUACACUAGAAAACAGUGCUCAGUGAUACAUUGACAUUCUAUUUAUAUGAUUAAACAAACAUUUGAUCAUACAGUACCUUCCUACGGGAUUACUGGCUAAUCUGGGGGUGGGGUCAUACUGUUAGAGGUAUUACUAACAAACAUGAUAGCUACUUCCCUUAUAUGCAAACAUGAGAGCUACAAUUUCCUCGAGAGGGAAACUGAUCAUGCACGUUGACCGAGCAGCUUCCCAGAUACGGUGUCUAUGAAAUCCUGGGAAAUGUGAGCAAAAGCUGCCCUCGACAUGAAAUGGUUUCUCAGCCUGCUUUUCACCACAGCAAAUUUAAUCCAUCAGUACAGACCAACACGGUCAAUCAAUCAGAUAAUGCUUAAUAUGAACAAAUGGGGAGAAAAGAAAAAAAUAUUAUGUACACGAAUGAACAGGGGAACCCGGCUGCAUCUCCGCAGGAAUGUCAGGGGGGAGCGCGGUGGGCCGUGCUGCAGGGUCACUUCCACAGCUGCGUGCUGAGCGUCUGACCUGACGAGGCCCCCGACCACCCCGCUGCCCCCGCCGUGGUGCUGGGGGGCUGGCUGAAGCCUGCCGCGGGGCUUGCGCCGCCCAGGCUCAGGCCAGCCAUCUGCUGGUUCACCUGUGAACACACAAAAGGCAUCCUUCACUUUGCAGGCCUGGUUUCUUCAGCCACUGCUAGACAUUUCUAAUGGCCAGCCUAUUUUAGUAGAAGUGGGCCUUUACUCGAAGUUGAUUUACUCAGAGAGACACGGACACUUAAUAGCAACUCUAAGUAUUUUUCAUCCAUGUGAACAGCUGUCCGAGCCCUGGAGUAAAAGCAGCCGACCACACGAUGCUUUCUCCACAGAAAGCAAAUAGCUACCGUGUUCCCUUCUUGGUUGCUAUUUCCUUCUGCUUUUCAACCCUGUCUAUAAAGUGGUCUCAAGUCAUUUUAUAUUUAUUCAUUUUCUGGACUCAAUUUCUUGUCCCCCAAAGAUUAACCACAACUGGAAAAAGUACCAAAGCAAUCGCUGAAUUCAUAUCUGGAUGUGCCAUGAGUCUGCUAUUCGAACUUUCAACUAUACUAGCAAUACUUUCAACCAUAUACUUUCUAGGAUAUGCCUUCAACUAUAGCUUAACUACUAAGGACUAAGGAAAUGUCUGAAAGUAAACUACUCCAAAAUUAUGAACUGUAUAUGAUGGCAAUUGUUCUGUCUUUAUUCAAGUCUUAAAUAGCUCUGUAUACUUUAUAAAUAUUUAAAAAGGUCAUAAAACAUAUUUUUCUUUUGCUAUAGCCAACCAUAUAAACGCCUAUUGUAUGACAAAAGGUGUAAGAUUACAUGUACUUUCCUUCCAGACUGGAGUCCUAAAGGUGUAAGAUUACAUGUACUUUUCUUCCAGACUGGAGUCGUGUGUACAUAAGCCUCCUAACCCUCCCCUGUGGUGCUCUCACUUCUAAGACUGAUGGCAAGUGAAGGAAAGGCAAGAUUUACUACUAAGUAGAGUGGAUUCAAAAUCUAUGCUCAGGGCUUCCCUGGUGGCGCAGUGGUUGAGAGUCCGCCUGCCGAUGCAGGGGACGUGGGUUCGUGCCCCGGUCCAGGAAGAUCCCACAUGCCACGGAGCGGCUGGGCCCGUGAGCCAUGGCCGCUGAGCCUGCGCGUCCGGAGCCUGUGCUCCGCAACGGGAGAGGCCCCAACAGUGAGAGGCCCUCGUACCGCAAAAAAGAAAAAAAAAAAGAUUAAAAAAAAAAAAAUCUAUGCUCAGGGUUGGAUUGUAUUAAUAAAGUUCAACCGUCUGCAGUUCUUAGUUCUUCAAAAACCCUAAUACUAACCACAUCACUGAUGAGGGAGGCACAGUGUCUGGAGGGGCAGGUCGCUUCUUCCUAGGUACUGAAGGAUGUUUAGUACCUGUCAUGGCCAGCAGACCCCACCAAGAGAGAGCUGAAGAAGAGCACCCCCUUCGGCGGGCCUGGAAGUAAGGUGGGGUAAGUCCUUACUGGUUCAGCAGGCACCCUAACCUGGGCUGGGUCUGCUUCAGCAUUCCGGCUGCACAAAAGCUAUUACUGACAUUUGACACUUAACGAUUUUUGAGAUUCCCAGAGUGCACAGACCAAUGUCAUAUAGAUAUUCCUUUAAAUAGUGACAGUAAAAAAUAACUUGGAACAUUCAUGGGAUAUAUAGUGAUUUUGCUAAUAAUGUCGGUUAGAAAUUGCUAUAUACUAUUCCCUGAAUGCUGACGAGAACAGAAGUCAAGGGCAUCAAAAUACCAGAGGAACAUCAAAUAAGGAAGUGUACAAGGAAGAAGAGUGGGACCACGAACCUAGGUCUGAGGCCUCUGUCUGUGAAGCCAGAGGAAAGUCAGAAUGGAUUUGAAAGAGGUAAUACUAAAAUGUCAUCGCCUGGCUCUAAACUAACUUAGGCAGAAAUAGGAUUUUGUAAUAUGAGGGGAUGUAAGACACAAAUAUGGACUGGUUCAUAUCUUACGGGAAUUCUUGAACUAGUGUAUAUUUUUUUUAAACAUAAAUGUGACUAUAAGUAAGAAGAAAAUACAACUUUAGAAACGUAUUUGAACAAAAAGAUUUUUUAUAAAUCCACGCACAGCCUAGAUCUCUCAAAAACAGUGCUCUGAGAAUAUGAGGCUGGGUUGUUUUCUAAUUUGUGAAAGUUACCAAGAGCCCCCAAAAUUAUUAGUGAAAAUAGGUUGGUCUAGGUGGUCUAUACAAACAACCCACCAGGGGGCUGGGUUUAAAGCUUGGUGCUAAUUUCAAAAGAUGCCCAAGAUAAUUUCUAGCUGUUAGAAACAAAUGAGGGACAUUCACCAUUACAGCUGUGUUAUAAUCGGAAAUGAAAAAAUGCUUAACAUUCUCUACAGAAUAUUCUAAAUAUAGGAACAAUGACAGCUCAUUUGUCUAUUUGAUUAAACAGUUUUUACCUUUUAUAACAUUAUCCCUACUCAAUUCUUUCUGCCAGAUUGUUAGAUUUAAAAACAAAUAAAACCAUUUAGAAAACAAGAUCUGGUUUCUCUGAUUUUGGAGAAAUUGGAGAGAAAGGACCCUACCUGGGAGAGGUUCCAUGGGGGCUGCUGAGCUGGCGGCAGGCCAAACUUACUCUGGGCUGCACCCACGUGUCCCACCAUCCCUCCUGGGGGGCCGACCACACUCUGCGGAAGUGGCAUCACCCCAGUCUGUGCGUUUCCCAUGAAGCCGUUGGGCAGGGGCAUGCCCACCAUCACGCCCGCGCUCGGCCCCAUCACGCUUCCCGCAAGGCCAGGAGCUGCAGGCACAGGCCCGCCCAUGGACGGGAAGCCUUGAAAUGCAGCCGGUGCUUGUGAGGGAAACGGUAUAUUUGUGGGUCCCAUAAACACACCUGCAGCAGAAGAACCGAGCAGAGAAAACAAACGAAGAGAACAGGGUUACCGCAUAGCGCUGCACUCGCCUCUGUCAGCACAGAAACAGGAGCCCGUCUUGCUGAACUACCCACGGCAAAGGCUUUCCUUCUGGUCUGGCUCCUGUUGCUCAGAGCAGCUCACACCUGCACCCUCAGGGCUGGUUACUUCCAGGAAGCAGACAAAUCAGUUAGGAGCCUGAGCAAAUUUAACUAGGGUAAAUAAAUCCUGUGCAACAGCUACAUAAAACAUCCAUUGUGAAGACCAAACUAUAUAGCAUGAGACUGUGUUUCUGCUGAUUUGCACCACUGGUCUCUCACUACCAAGUAAACAAGUCAGAGUGGACUGUCGCUGGCUUUAAUGGAAGCAGCUGAGACGUCAUAUAAUUUCAGCUCUUAUGUGAAAUGCAGCCCAUUAUUUUAGAGGAAAUGACAGAUUAAAACUGUGUAAACAUAAAUCUUUACCGUGCUAGUAUUUCCUUUUGAUAUAUUAAAAAAAAAACCUCAAAGCUUUUUUUGAUUUCAUGUGAUAUUUCAGACUUACUGUUUACGUGCAGAAAGAAUACCAUACUGUACAGAGUUAUAAACUUCAGGCAAAUCAAAUUUAAAUAAUUCUUCAAAGAUAAUCCCUGUCCUAUAAGGCUUGUGAAACAUUAAGUGACGUGCGACCAGCUUGUUAAUCCUAAAUGAAUAAAGUUUUGUGCAUUCUAAUCCUAAUGCUUCUUUCAUUUCAGUUUUGUAGUUGUGUAAACCGCAACAACAAAAGCACUCACUACACAGAAAAAACAAGGAAGAAAUGUAAUUGACAUUACAUAAGCACAAAGAAUACACUUCUAGUGAUGUCACUGCAAUUCACGGAAAGCAGAUUUCAAAUGCAUUACCAGGAGCACUCUGCUGCUGGGUGGUCCCCGUGCCAUACAGAGACAAGAUGGAGUCUUUGGAGAGCUGUUUCUUGGCCACCUCUUCUGACUUAGUAGUUUGCUCAGUGAAUAGAUCCAGAUCCCCAGAUGUCACUGCAGACAGAGCGGCAACUGCUGGUACAGAGGACGUCCCCUGAGACAGAUACCAAAACAAGCUGUCGAAUUCUGCAUAAUAAAACACAGCUCAUCCAUUCCUUGAAAUCCAAAUGAAGUUAUGAAAUUAGAAACUAAACAACUGUAGAAGGUAACAUGGUGACACUAAAGGGAAUCGCUGACAAAGCCCAUGCAAAACCUACAUGCAGGAUAGAGGAACAUUUCCUAUUUUGAAUCUGUUAAUGUAAAAGGAGUAGAUAGAACCUCUCUGAUGCUGAGUUCUGCCCACCACAUCCUGACCACAGUGGCUUCAACAACAGGCAUGUGGUGCCGCUUAAGGACCAGCAUUCCUGGGAGAUGUUCGCACAUCUCCUGAUUGUUCGCACAAUCACUGCUGCCAAGAACUGGCAUCCCUUGGAGUGAAGAACAUUUCUACAACUACAGCAGACUGCAGGAGGGUCCUGCAAUGGCUGAUUUUGUCUUCUUUGGGGGGGAAAAAAAGUUUUGAUUUUCAAAAGCAACAUCAUGAUAUUUUUAUGAACCGAAUCUAAUCCGUUUUUACCGCAACAUUAGAAUGCUUCCAGUCUACCCAGAUAUGAGGUCCAGCAAAACUGCGACCACUGCACUCUCCCCUACACCUUGCAUUCCGCUUGUAGACAGGGGUAAGAACACGAAUACAAAUGAGCAUGUGGAUAUUGUAAUACAAAACAAAAAAUUUCACUUCAUCUCCUGUAUCUUGCACACAGAUAGUAUUACACAGUCACAACUGACACCUCACUUUAAUGAUCUCUGCGGUCACUAAAUAUUCAAUCCCAUUUGCGUAUAGGGAAUUGACUUAGAUAUGAAGAGUUUCAGAGAAGUCUAUGAAGACUAGUAAAAACUGGAUAAGAGUCUUCUCAAACUAUAGAACGAGGUGAGCAGCAGGUAGAGUUCAAUCAUAGUGUACAUGAUUUGGCUUGAAUUUUUAAAAAAUCAAACAUUUAAUGCCUUGGCUAAAAAACCUUUCAAUAAAUUAGCCUCCAAGCAUUAUGCUCACAAACGAACUUAAGCAGAACAAUAUUUUGAAUCUAUUAUGACAUCAAGCAAGAAUUUUAAGACAGGAAAAAAAGCCACAUAAUUUUGCAAAAGAUCUGAAAUGUGUAAGAAACCGGACAUGAUGGAAUUCAAAUACAACAGUAGGCUUGAAUCAAAUAUAUCUGACGUAGCAAUGAAGCAGAAGGCAGAGGCCGAGAGCGUGGGCCCUGCAGCCAGCCUGCAGGCUCGCCCCAGUGCCCUCGGACCUGCCACUCCGCCUUCCCUCUGGGCCCAGGGAGGAGCUGCCUUACCGCCACGCCCCACGGCCACAAGGAGUGCUUGGCAGACACCAGCAUUGGCUGUUAGUGUUGCUAGGUGACAAAGCAGCCACACCUCACUAAAUGAUCCUCCAGCACGUUUAGUUUCUGUUCAGUCUAAAAACCUGCUCAAAACCCUGGGGUCUGUUCCCUGAGGAGGACACAGACGUGUGAGAAAACCUGAAGUGCUUGGGAAAGCUACUAUUAUUCCACCUCAGGCUAGAGCAGCCCCGUGCUCCAGACGCGUGUGUUUCUUCCGAUGAACGCCUGCCUCCACAGGGACACAGUCUAAGCACAGCCACGCCAGGCAGCAUGGCUAGCAGGUGCUCGAACGGCCAUUUACGGGGCGGGUGAUGGGGGCGCCCCACGUGCCGGCAGGACCACUCCAAGGUAAAAGGAGAGCCACUGCUGCCGGUACGCGCGCACUUUCCGGAGGCCGCAGGAUCCCCAGGCAAAGGCUCUCUGGCCGUCUGGGAUCCGGGGCCAAACCGACGACAGGCCACAGCACCUGUGUGAGUCUAGAUGCUGUGGGGAUGUGGAUAUUAUGGACAGAACAGGAAAGGGAGGGCUUCUACGUGUCACCCUGGGGGACACUGGAACGACACCCCUCAACCCCCAGUACACGCGUCCUCGCGGGUCAGCUGAGCGUUCCCAGCCCCUCAGGGAAGACUGCACAGCCAGACAGGAAAGCAGACGGUCACAUCAAUCCAGCUCACAUUCACGUGAGGGGAAAUCUCCAACCAGAAUUUGCACCACACUCAGAAAAUCAGGACUGAAAGAAGCAGGGGUCAGAGUAAUUCCUAGUGGGGUCCAAUUCAAUUUCACAGCAUAGAAAGUCACCAAAUUAGUAAACUGUGUACAGUGUGUGUGUAAAAUGUGUGCUUUAACCCACCUUCUCUCUCCCUCCCCCAAUUUUCAAAGACAUUAUUUUGACAAAAUGUCUGGAUUAGAGUCUUUACAUGUAGUUUGGAGGGAAGAUAAUUCUGUUCACCAAAUUAUUUUAGAGGGCUCCAUAAAACUGACACCAUUUUGGUCCAAAAACAUUCAGAAAAAGAAUGAGGUGUGAUUUUGAAGACCUGCCCUGUCUCCUCUCAGGUACAGAGGCCCAGCACGAAGGCCAGGGCGGCCCUGGGGGCACGAGGAGGAGCUGCACGCACACUGAGGGGGGCUGAGGUCCGCACUGUCCGGCUCGCUGCUCUCCCUGCACAGAACCCACGGGGCCUCGGCUGGCCUGGGGUCUAACGCGCAAGCAGCUGCAGAGCGGUUCCCGCCCCGCAGUGGAGUCUAAGGAAGGCGGGCCGGCCGAACGGCCCGCUAGAACGCUAGACCAAAAGAAGCUGCUUUGCAUGCUCGGACUGUCAAGUAUCCCAAAUACUUCUUUCCACACCCAAAAUGUUAGCGUGAGACUUCUUCUUUUACUACCACACGCAUACCCACGGCUGCACACAUUCACAAGGUAAUUAAUGUUAACCGAAACGAUAAUAGCAAUACUUAGUUCCUCUUUUUACGUGUUGGGGGAAGGAGGAGAAGAGGCAAAGCCAUAAAAUAAAGCUAUCUUCUCUGAAAAUAAACAGCGAUGCUGCAGAUGAAGCUCCACUUAAACUAAUGAUUCCUCAGAAAUCUAUCUGCUCAAUUCCAGCGUUAAUUAUACAACGACUAUCAUAAUGACAAUAAAUAUAUAUAAUAAAAAUACAUGUAAUUCGUCUUCCUAAUAAGACAUUGGUUCUUUCUUAUUAAAACUUUCCAUCCAAACAAUUCCCAUUUGGCUCAGGUUUUCUAGAGACAGAGAAAUAUUUGACCUCAAAAAUUAUACUUUACUACAAAAAACUAGUUGCUUAUUUGUAAAUUUAAAACAGAAUCUCGG